ACACGUUUUUACGUUCCGCGGCAAAAACGUUGUUUUUAUGGGUUUAUCUGUUUGCUAUCAAUAAGUACUUCACUCCAAGAUUACAGUGCGGGUUAAUUCGAGCACAGUCUUUAGCGUUAGUCUCGAGCGUAUUCCACAGUUUGGAUCGAUUUUUCUUUCUCGCAGUCCUCUGGCGCCGCAAGAAUGACUAGUGUUAAUUGGCAGGAAUGCGAUUUUGCAGAGAUUAAUAAAGCACGGAACGAUCCAACAAAAUUGGUGAUAGACGUGAGGGAAAUGGAAGAGUUGAGGAAUGGCCAGAUAGCUGGAUCUAUCAAUAUACCAUUAGGAGCAGUGCCCUGGGCUCUGGGCCCUGAAACAUCCAGCGACACUUUUAAGCGACAAUACUCGGCAGCAAAGCCUGAGAAAGAAUGCCCGAUUAUUUUCACCUGCAGAUCGGGCGUAAGAAGCAGGAAAGCCCAGCAGGAGGCUAUUAAGUUGGGUUACUCAAACGUCACAAAUUAUACUGGUGGCUGGUUGGACUGGGAAGAAAAAACGAAGAAUAAACCUACUCACCAAAUCAGCUAAGUUGUUAUCCAUUAGGUAAUAAGAAUGCAUACCCUUGGCUGCCUCUUCAUUGUGUUUUUUAAUUUUUUCAAUAUUAGCUAACCAUGCUUCUUUCCUAAAUGGAUCGUAGUGGUCGUUGUACGAUUUGUUGAAUCUUUUCUGAAUAAAAGUUUUAGAUAA